GAUCCCACCCUCUGCCUGUGGGACCCCGAACCCAAAUGAUCCUGCAGCAGCCCCUGGAACGAGGCCCCCCAGGUCGGGCCCAGCGCGACCCACGGGCCGCGUCGGGGACGCCCCGAGCCCAGGACGUGAGGUCCCCAGCAGACUGCCACGGAUGUGAAUAUCCCAGCCUGCCUGUCUUCCUGUCUCUCCCCAGGGAGCCCUUGCGAAAACAGUUCCUUUCUGAAGAGAACAUGGCCACUCACUUCUCUCGACUCAGCCUGCACAAUGACCACCCUUACUGCAGCCUCCCCAUGGCGUUCCCCCCGUCUCUGCCCCCACUCAGGAGCCCCUGCUCUGAGCUGCUUCUGUGGCGCUACCCUGGGAACCUGAUCCCUGAGGCCCUCCGGCUGCUGAGGCUAGGGGACACCCCCACCCCCCACUACUCUGCAACCCAAGCUGGGGAGAUAAUGGAGCUCUGAGUGCUGGUGGGCAGUAUUUCUGCCCAUGGGCAGUAUUUCUGCCCACUUUCCUUCUUCCCCACAACAGAGAAGACCAGCAUCCCCACUGAGGGACCAGCUGUCCUGAAUAUUCUCCAGACCAGGCCCCUGGGCCCCAGGAUGGACCCUCAACAGAGUAGGACACUGAAUCCCACAGAGUCCUGGAAUGGGAGGGGCCGGAGGGACAGGAGCAUGGGAAGGGAGGCAUUACCCCUAGAAUUGAAUAAAGAUUGCUGAGCAAAUGAA